AUGGCCCGCACGAAGCAGACGGCGCGCAAGUCCACGGGCGGCAAGGCCCCGCGCAAGCAGCUGGCCACCAAGGCGGCCCGCAAGAGCGCGCCGGCCACGGGCGGCGUGAAGAAGCCGCACCGCUACCGGCCCGGCACCGUGGCGCUGCGCGAGAUCCGCCGCUACCAGAAGUCCACCGAGCUGCUGAUCCGCAAGCUGCCGUUCCAGCGGCUGGUGCGCGAGAUCGCGCAGGACUUCAAGACGGACCUGCGCUUCCAGAGCUCGGCCGUGAUGGCGCUGCAGGAGGCGAGCGAGGCCUACCUGGUGGGGCUGUUCGAGGACACCAACCUGUGCGCCAUCCACGCCAAGAGGGUCACCAUCAUGCCCAAGGACAUCCAGCUGGCGCGCCGCAUCCGUGGCGAGAGGGCCUAAACGAUCUUCCCUGACGAGAAUGGGCACACCAGCCCCUCUAGACACUGCAAAGGAACUACACCCCAUGCGCUACACCCCAUGGCAUCUGGUAUUCAUGAGUACUGGGGAAUUGAACCUGG